CAAGCCGCUGGAGCCGCCGCCAUGUCCGAGGCUUAUUUCCGGGUGGAGUCCGGUGCGCUGGGCCACGAGGAGAACUUUCUUUCCUUGGACGACAUCCUGAUGUCCCACGAGAAGCUCCCGGUGCGCACAGAAAUCCCCAUUCCACGCCUCGGCGCUUUCUUCCCGGAGCGGAGCGGAGGAGCCGACACGGACAACACGGUCCCUCAGGGCUCAAAGCUGGAACUCCCCCUGUGGUUGGCCAAAGGACUUUUUGACAACAAGCGGCGGAUUCUCUCUGUGGAACUUCCCAAGAUCUACCAAGAGGGCUGGAGGACUGUGUUCAGUGCAGAUGCCAAUGUGGUGGACCUCCACAAAAUGGGGCCCCAUUUCUACGGGUUUGGCUCCCAGCUCCUGCAUUUUGACAGCCCAGAGAAUACAGACAUUUCCCAGUCUCUCCUACAGACAUUUAUUGGACGUUUUCGCCGCAUUAUGGACUCCUCCCAGAAUGCUUACAACGAAGACACUUCGGCACUGGUAGCCAGGCUGGAUGAGAUGGAGAGGGGCUUAUUCCAAACAGGGCAGAAAGGACUGAAUGACUUCCAGUGUUGGGAGAAGGGGCAGGCUUCUCAGAUCACUGCUUCUAGCCUCGUUCAGAACUACAAGAAGAGAACAUUCACGGACAUGGAAAGCUGAAGGCCAGAAGAAUACAGGAUUGCUCCUCGUAGACUUAUCCCUGUGUGUCCUUGACAAGAGCCUGGUUGACCCUAUCAAGGGCCACAGUCAUACCUCUCUUCUCAUGGCUUAUUCCCUGCAGCUGUCACAGGAGUGGUGUCAUCUGGUUGGGAAAGGACAUGCUGGAGAAUGUCCCCAGCCCUAUAAAUCUUCCAGGACUAUCUCCCCCUGCUGACCCACAGCCCAGGUCUACUUCACCCAAGAAGCCACAACUGAGAAGACAUCCAAGUCCUUUAUAAGUGAAGAUCGUAGUACAUACAUUGCAAUAGAGUCGGAACUGGAAUUCCUUGUGCCAGGGAUUUGGACGGACUUAGAUGUCCACUUUCGUAGCUCCGAAGGACAGAUUGGGCCAUCUUAGUCUGUUCACGGAAUAUUCUCCUGAACUGAAUUGCCUCAUCUUCCUGGUCACACAAAGGACAGCACCUCCACGAUGCUGGUCUUGUAUAUAUCUCCCUCCACCUGCCUGUGGGAAGUUACCCCAAUUUCCAAAAUCAGUCACAAAUAAGGAAGAAAAAGGCAGGUGAAUGGCACGGCUUUGACUGACGAGGAGAAUUCCUCUGUAAUUAGGAAUUCACGGAAUUCUGCAACCGACCUAGAGGGCAGAUGGUUCAGCUGAGCUGGGUUUUGUCCCUGAGAUCUUGACAGCACCCUCAGUUAUUCUAUUCCCUCUCCAGAAAAGCUGUCAGGCAGUCGAAUUGCAAAGUAGUUAUUAAAGGGUGUCAACCAGCUCUUAUUCCAUGAAAUCAGGUCUUUAGGGUUGCCUGUUAUGAAGAUCCCUAUUGGAGAAGCUUAGUUAACGUGGCAAAUAUAAGUGGGCAGGGGGCCUUGGUUAUAUUGGGGUUUUUUUCCUUCGGUCCAUUUUGCACAUUUUUACAUAGAGGCUCCCUGACCAAUUACUGAGAAUCUGUUUAAGCAGACACAAAACUCUCCCUGAAGAUCCAGGAGGAAACCUCCAGCCGAGUAGGGGACAGCCUUCCUGGGGCCACCGGACUGUUUGCAGGACAGUCAUCACACCCCUGGGAAAAUUGCCUUUGUAACCGGAAACUGGAGGGAUUUGGAUACUCAGACUAUGCAGAUGUCUUGAUGCCAACUUAAAAUGUCAGAAAUGCCUUUAAAAUGCCUGUUUUAAUAUGGAAUUGAUGUGGUCAUCAUUUGAUUUUGGUGCUAAAUAAAUGACUUGCUUUGCACUCGAA